UGCUGUUUGCUGCCCUCAGCAGGAGGACGGAGCUCCUGCAGCUCCGAUUGGCCGAGCUGACUCCAGCCGCGGCAGCACCUCCGGGGGAGGGGGGGGUGGAGGAGGAGGAGGAGGAGGAGGUCUGAUGGGAGAAAUGAGUGCCAUCCUAGCACGAAGGAGAAAAGCUACAGAUACUUUGGACAAGCCGGCAGCAAAGCCACAAGAAAAUGAUGAUUCAGAGCCUCAAGGUCAAAGCGACACCCUGAGAAGACCUUGGGAGAAGUCGUCUAUGAUCAGGAAUAACUCCGUCGCCAAGAGCAUGGACUCCACCCCCUCAUUGUCCCAAGGUUCCAGGCCGAAGCCUGCUGGCAACAACGGUAACGAUGCUGGGGGAAUGGAAGACUCGGAUUUAGAGAAAAUGAAACAGGAAAUCCUGGAGGAGGUGCGGAAAGAACUACAAAAAGUCAAGGAAGAAAUUAUCGGAGCCUUCGUUCAGGAGCUGCAGAAGAGAAGCACAUAGUCCUGCUGGUGCUCAGGUGUGAGGGAGGGUGUGAUGGAUGGAGGUAGUUGGGGACCUCUCCUCUAAUGCGCCCUCCCAUGUAGCCCAGGGAUUUCUCUCUUUCCUCCUACACAUCUUCUCUUUUCCCUCACACAAAAAACAUGCUUACAAGUGCAUCGUGCAUAUUCACUUCAUGUAUCCCAGGGAACUUCCUCACGUCGCCAUCCGGCACUUUUCAUCCUCCCUCUCUAAACAAAAUUGCGACGGUGGUCCCAUGCAUCCCAUCCCCUGCCCCUGUUCAUUCAUCCUGUCCCCUCUCGUGAUUUUCUGUUCAUCCCAUUCAGAGCACAUAGCUACAGCCACAUUUUGCCAUCAUGUACACUCAUCAUAACAACCCUCUUUUCUGCAGAAACCCUGCUACUUGUGUCUUCUCCCUUCUGCUAUCACCAUCUACUGAUAGAGCAGUCUUCAGUAUUCAGGGACGAUGUAUCAGUCACGUUUUUACUGUAAUAACAAGAUGCUGGGAUCCUUUAAUUUUUUUCUCAGUUGGCGAACAAUUGUCUAACCUCAAACACUGCUGCAGAUAGCUCACAUCAGACGUCUGUGGUUAGUCUGUAAUGGUAGUUGGAGGGUGGAAAACAACAAUGGAGGACGGAUCAGAGACUCCCUGACUGCUGCAGUGUGUCUCCGUCAAAGUGGACUAAAAAACAGCACAACAAGCCUUCACUGCUGCGAGAGAAAUGAGAGGACGAGGAGAAGACAAGCAAAGGGAAUCUUACGGAGUGCUGUGAAAGAGGAGUGUGUUGUAGUUUUGUGAUGUGUGAGAAAUGUAUUGCACUUGUUCCAGAGGAAGUGUGUCUGUGUGCCACGCUGCCUUGACAGACUAUUCCCUCUCACUCAACAUGAGAUAUGUGUCGGCCGGUGCAGUGUUCCCUCACUGUGCUCCCGCUAGUUUCUUUUUCUUCCAUUCUAGCUAUGUUUUCUAACUUUAAAAAACAUGACAAACGGCCAUGAUGAGGUCAAUUAAUUUGGCCAUGACCAACUGCCUUGAGAAUAAAUAUAUAAAUAUAUAUAUAUAAGGAAAAAUAUAUAUUUGUUUUGAGGGAAAAUGUUAGCAAAAAUAAAAUGGUGUUUCUAUUUUAAUUGAAAUGACUGGUGAAUGGGGAUUUUCUUUUUCCUUUCUUUUUCAAUGAUUGUUCUUCUUAUGAAAUGUUAUUUUGGGUUUUCUUUUUUCUAAUAGAGUCUAGGCUUUUUACACUGAAAUAUUAAGAGAACAGCUUAGAGACACUGGAUUAGAAAUGUCUUUAUAGUCGAAUACAGCUGCUUCUUGAAAUGCAUUUCUUUGUCUUGAGUCAUCUUUUGCUUCCUGCUUUGAGAUUUCUUUGAAUUAUAAUACAUUUUCUAUGAAUUGACGAGGGCUGUACUGCACAAACUUGCACUUAAAUGAAAACUCCUGUUAAGGCGAGGCAUUUAAAUUAAAGACUGAUUAAAAAUGAUAUGCACGUUUUCUUUUGUUAGAUUCAAAACAAAUUUAUUUUAACUUCUGUAACAAUUUCAGCUGUGUUUCACAUGACUUAAUUCUAGACAAUAAAAAUGUGCUGACUGACUUAACAUCCUUACAUUUGGAAAUGUUAAAGUAUUAUUGUCCCAAAAAUACCCACAACUUGACAAAAAAAAGUGAUUUUCUUUUUUAUAAAAAAAUGCGUUUAAUUGCCUGGUUUCACUAA